CAGGCAGGAGCCGGCCCCACCAAGCAGCCCCAAAUUUCCCCCCUUCCCGAUUCCAAAUGUCUUCCUCCGAGCUCGUGCUCUACAACCUGGUCCCCGCCCCCCAAACCCUAAACCCUUCCCAAACCCACGCCGCCGCCGCCGUCUCCGGCGACCUCUCCAUCUCCACCACCGUCGCUCCGCCGCCACAGGAGCCUCUCCGCGUCCGGGCGCGUCGCCCGGUGGGGUCCCCCGCCGACCGCCACGCCAAGGUCGCCGGCCGCGGCCCCCGGGUCCGCAUCCCGGCCAUGGUGGCGGCGCGUGUCUUCCAGCUCACCCGCGAGCUCGGGCACCGCACCGACGGAGAGACCAUCGAGUGGCUGCUCCGCCAGGCCGAGCCCUCCAUCAUCGCCGCCACCGGCACGGGCGUCACGCCCGAGGAGGCGCCCCCCGCUCCCGUCCCCGUCUCCCCCGUCGCGGCCACCGCGUCCCUGAUGCCCGUACCAUACUACACUGCGCUCCUUAUGCAGCCACCGCCAACCGCCGAUUCCGCAUCCGGCUCUGGUACCGCCGCACAGGCGAAUAAUAACUAGGCUAGGUAGAAGAUGGCGGUUACUAUGAUUAGGACUCUAAUGUUAGUUAUUAGCUUAGGUUUCUUAUGACGCUCUGUAGCCAUGGCAAUGGCAUCCCCCACCGCUCAAUAACUAACAUAUUACCUUGGGGGAUGCUGUAGCCCGUUGCUUAGAUUGUCAGUUAGGUAGAGAAUGGAUUGAGAUGGUAACAACAGAAGAGGGGGGGAAAAGACAUUUAAGCAGUUUCUGAGUUCUACUCAUGUUUGGAACAAAGUCUGACAUCUUGUGGUGCUUCAGUUUGUAUUUGAAUGUUCCUUUUUUUCGGUACAUGGUUGGUGCUUCCGUAUUUGUCCUGACUAGCAGCUGGAUCUAGUUAUUCGGCCUAAGAAUUUGUCGUGGACUCAUGGUGCUUGGUUCGCCCUUAUCAUGGUUCUGAUGAAGGCCACAUGGUAAUGGUCUAACGGAAGUUUGAAAGCCAUCAAAUUAUCUAUUGCUUACUGUCAUGAUGUCUAUAUUUUGUCCUGUGCAAUUUCCAAAUGUAAAUGCAGUGAGAUUUACCUCCAGUUCUGUUUGGAUGGGCUUCAGUAGUCAGGUCAUAUGUGCUACAUGAUCGAAUUUUGUUUGCAACCAACAAAAGGGCAGUGUUAAUUGAAAAUGUGUGUUUGCAUGUCUACUUUUCUUGUCUGGAUGUCAGGUAAAUUCCUGUACUACUGUAAGGAGAAAACUUCACAUGAAGGUCUGUGCAAUCAGUUAUCAGCAUGCCUUAACAGCCAUCUUUUCACUGACUGAAAGGAUUUCGGAUUCAGAUGUGACAUGUUCCUGAAACUUGUGUGGAUUAGAAGGAACUAGACAUCAGGAGUUUUGGACGACAAUCUAAUAUGUGUGGCCAUUUUGCUGUAUAAUUCUCUUUCCAAGAGCGUGUAUGAUGAACAGGUUUGUCUUAACACACAGCAUUUGCGAGGAUAUCAUGUUGUGAGAUGAGAUUCCCCUACUUGAGUUACUCUGGAUCAAAGCAUGUCAAUGAAGGUGUUUACACAAAUCGAAGCCAGAUCAAAGAUUAAAUUUCAAAAACAUACAACUAUUUUUAUGUGGGUCAGAGAGAUGACGGGGGGAAGCAAAGUAUGAUUCUAAACAAAAACACCAUUGAAAGUUUUGCUUUAUUGCUAAUCCAGAUCCAGAUGUGCUAGAUGUUGUGAUGUUGGGUAGUUAAGGGCAACAAGUACAAGGGGAGCAUUUGCCUUUAGUAUUGGCGUGUAAUGAUCGGCUAAAUUCUGAUUGAGAGAGAUUAUGGUGAAGUAAUAAAGUGUUCGGGUCAAUGCAUCAAGAGUGCGAUGGAAGGGUAAAAUGUUGUUCACCACUGUUCGGGAAUUGGCUCAUGGAGAUGACAGAGCAACAGAGCAAGAAGAAAGAAAAAUGAAAAUAAAGAUUGCAAAGGGAAAUGCAAAGAUUUUGGUGCAGCUUAGGCGGCCUUUGCUUUGAUAUUUUGAAGGCAUAUUCAUACCUCUUAUUUGUUCCCAUUUGCAGAGGCAAUCCAUGUGAAGGAUAUUGAACAAUCAAAUUUGUAGGAGAAAAAUCAGAGCUCAGUUAUGCUUUCGAAUGGAGGAUAUAUCCACAAGGAAAUAGCAAACACACAAGGAAGUGUAGUGUCCUAUAGGCCAGAGAGAUGGGUGACAGGUUGAUUCCUGGUCUUAUGCUUGGAAAGUGCAGUGAGGGCUUAUGUGUGACAGAUUCUGGGACUUCUAUGAUCCACAUGAUGAAUCAAAAUUACUGCAUAGUGACCUAGUGUUGAUUGAUGAAGAGCUGCUGCCCUGCCUGGAUCUGAUUGAAGCUGUUGCCCUGCCUGGAUCUGAUUGAAGGUGAUGAAGAGUAUUCCCGAGAUUAGACCCUUAUCACCAAUUUAUAUUUCAGUUUCUGUUAUAAUUUGUUCGCAAAAAAUUAGGAACUGCAGAGUGGUAAUAGUCCUAAUCUCAAAGGGAAUUCACCGCUGUGGUGACAUGACGCAGCAGAAGAUUAGAAAUGCACGGUCAGGUACUCUGCACUUCUACAGAGUUGAGGGCAAAUGGUUCUUCGGCUUCCUGUUGGUAAAAAAAAAUAUCGAGCAAAUCACAGAGUCAUCCUGAUCCCAUAAUGUUUGGCGUUAUCUAUAAGCUCCUUCUUGUGUAUAUUUUUUGGCAACAUAAUUGCUGUUAUCCCGUGCAAUAAUUGUUAGUACUUAUUCAGCUUUUUAGGAACAAGUAGCAUCUUUGUGUACACUAUAUAGUUUCAACUAUUUCCAGGAGCAAAGGCAUAGGCUUCUUGAGAUAUGAAACUGUCUAUACUUUGUUUAAGAUACUAUAUAAGACUGAACUAGCCUGGUUACACAUUCGUCCAAAGUUUCUCCAAAUUGCUUUUUUAUUCAUGUUUGUCCACUGGUGGCAUUAACUUGAUAUGGCCUAUACUGUUAUACCGAAGGAUUUUUAAGGCCCUUAUGUAUUCUUUUAUGCCACUUAUAUGAAUUGAAAAUGCAGAUAGGCUUGUUUUUUUUUCUAGUAUGCCUUCUUGGCUGUGUACACUGAUAAGUAUUUGGACUUUGUAUGCAGUGAUCUUGUUGAUCUAAUGGAUGAAUAAUUUAAAGGUUUACAAAGAGAUUAUAUAUGUUCAGGUUGAAAUGAUCAGUGCUUGAAUUCAUAUAUUUGUAUGGGCCAACAAUGGAUCAUGAAUGGAUUAUAGAAGUUAAAUCGCAUAAAGAGCCUCUUUGGCUGGUCUCCAAACGGCACUGAGCCUCCACCGGCUCCUUGUGGUUUUGCGAGGGGGGCGGGAGCGAGAAAAAAGACACUAGUGAUCAGGUAGCUGUGCUACAGUGCAUUGUUACAUGGAGCCAUUGUUACAUGGAGCCGGAGCCCAUUGGAGCCAUGCCAAAGGCACCCAUAGGAUGUCUAAUAGUAUAGAGACAUCCUUUUCAAAAAUAUAGUACAGAGACAUCAUGUACCCUCCAUUGCUAUAUAUGUACAUUUUCUCUCUAGAAUCACGUCAUGUGAUGAGUAAUAUUAUUUUUUCCUCCGUACAAUCAAUACAACUUCCAAUGAUUAUUCAAAUUUCUGGUU